CCUAUUGAUGCAGGCCAUAAUCCCAUUGGCUUUUUUUGCCACCACAUCACAUUCCUGGCUCAUGUUUAACUCCUUCCUUUGGCCAGGGAUGUAUAAAUCUGCCUCUGGUUUGCGUCUUGAGCUGCCUUUGCUGAGUACAUUCUAAUCUGGGGACUCAAUGAAUUGCCAGGCAGAAUCCUCAAAUUACUGCCUUGCAGCUCUUCUGCUGUGAAAAGCACUGCAGGCUAACUCAACCAGAGAAGUCAGAAAGAGGAGCUCCUUCCACCCAGCUGGCUCUUUGGCCUGCCUUCUGGGCCACACCGCCAGAGCUCCCGCCUGAGGCCUGCUCUGACCCACAGCAACUCAGCCCACUAGUUCUAUAAAAGAACUCCUGCUUUCCUGCUUCUUGGCAGAACAGGGCUGGACUGGAUGGCCCACCAGGUCUCUUCCCACUCAAGGGUUCUGUGAUUGUUCUCUUCUGUUAAUGUGUUUUGUGUUGUGCAUUGUUUUGUCAUCAACCCCCUGCAGCCUUAUUAGAUGGAUACGGGUCACUCUGGAACUGGCACACAACCGGCCGUGACUGAGAGAGCUGUCCAAAGGUCUUGGGAGGGCUACCAGGACCAUCUAUCUGGCUACCAGGCAGCCCCCAGGUGGGAGCAAGUAAUCAGCCUGAUCGAAAGAUAACAUCACAUCGGAACAGAAGCCGCCAAGGAGGGCCCAGCAACCGUGAGUGGGAUUCCACCGGAUCCCUUUCAGUUGCACGGAGAUGAGGAUUCUGUGGAGCCCCCUCUGGCAUGAUGAGAAGCAAACCAGCACGUAGUGGUCACGUGGUAGCAAAAGUGUGGUGAGGAAAAAGGAAUCCCCUUAAAGAGCUGAAAUCUUGACCUCACGGUGGAUCAGAAAGGAAAAAACAAGAGCCAAGUGUCCAUAUUGCAGUUAAACAUACAUAUGUAACUGUUGACAUGAAGGGCAAAGCAUAUAAAUAUACAGAAUGUGAGAAGAACUUUAGUCAGCCUGAAGACCUGCAGGGACAUCUAAAGAUUCACACUGGGGAGAAACCCUAUAAAUGCCAGGAGCAUGGAAAGAACUUCUUUAAGAGUCAAAGCCUGCGUUUACAUCAAAGAACUCACACUGGGGAGAAACCACACACAUGCCAGGAGUGUGGAAAGAGCUUCACUUAUCAUUCAGGUCUACGUACCCAUCAAAGAACCCACACUGGGGAGAAACCCUAUAAAUGCCUGGAGUGUUGAAUGAGCUUUGCUCAGAAUGGAGACCUACGUAAACAUCAAAGGAUUCACACUGGGGAGAAACCCUAUAAAUGCCUGGAGUGUAGAAUGAGCUUUGCUCAGAAUGGAGACCUACAUAAACAUCAAAGGACUCACACUGGGGAGAAACCCUAUAAAUGCAUGGAGUGUGGAACGAGCUUUGCUCGGACUUCAAGUCUCCGUACCCAUCAAAGGAGUCACACAGGGGAGAAACCCCACACAUGCCAUGAGUGUGGGAAGAGCUUCACACUGAGUGGACAUUUACGUGAACAUCAAAAAACGCACACUGGGGAAAAACCAUACACAUGCCAGGAAUGUGCAGUGAGCUUCACUUCUCAUUCAGGUCUACGUUACCAUCAAAGAACCCACACUGGGGAGAAGCCUUAUAAAUGCAUGGAGUGUGGAAUGAGCUUUGCUCGGAGUUCAACUCUCCGUACCCAUCUAAGGACUCACACUGGGGAGAAACCCUAUACAUGCCUGGAGUGUGGAAUGAGCUUUACUCAGAGUGGAGUCCUACGUUUACAUCAAAGAACUCACACUGGGGAGAAGCCUUAUAAAUGCAUGGAAUGUGGAAUGAGCUUCGCUCGGAGUUCAAGUCUGUGUAAACAUCAAAGGACUCACACUGGGGAGAAGCCUUAUAAAUGCAUGGAGUGUGGAAUGAGCUUUGCUCGGAGUUCAACUCUCCGUACCCAUCUAAGGACUCACACUGGGGAGAAACCCUAUACAUGCCUGGAGUGUGGAAUGAGCUUUACUCAGAGUGGAGUCCUACGUUUACAUCAAAGAACUCACACUGGGGAGAAGCCUUAUAAAUGCAUGGAAUGUGGAAUGAGCUUCGCUCGGAGUUCAAGUCUGUGUAAACAUCAAAGGACUCACACUGGGGAGAAACCCUAUAAAUGCAUGGAGUGUGAAACGAGCUUCACCCGGAGUUCAAGUCUGCAUACCCAUCAAAGGACUCACACUGGGGAGAAACCCCACACAUGCCAGGAGUGUGGGAAGAGCUUCACACUGAGUGCAUAUCUACGUACACAUCAAAGAACUCACACUGGGGAGAAACCCUAUAAAUGCAUGGAGUGUGGAACGAGCUUCACUCAGAGUUCAAGUCUGCAUACCCAUCAAAGGACUCACACUGGGGAGAAACCCCACACAUGCCAGGAGUGUGGAAUGAACUUUAAUAAGAGUCAAAAUCUGCGUUUACAUCAAAGAACUCACACUGGGGAGAAGCCCUAUAAAUGCAUGGAGUGUGGAAUGAGCUUCACUCAGAAUUCAAAUCUACGUUCCCAUCAAAGAACUCACACUGGGGGAAAACCCCAUAAUUGCAUGUUGUGUGGAAAGAGCUUCAGUUCCAGUAAAAGUCUACGUUCUCAUCAAAGGACUCACACUGAGGAAAAAACCCUAUAAUUGCAUAGAAUGUGGUAAGAAGUUCACUCAGAGUUCAGGUCUGCGUACCCAUCAAAGAACUCACACUGGGGAGAAACCCUAUAAGUGCCUGGAGUGUGGAAAGAGCUUCGCUUGUGGUUCAAAUCUACGUUCACGUCAAAGGACUCACACUGGAACAGUAGCCCUUGAUGCCAGAGACUCUAGUAUGUACAAAGGCAACUCUAGUAAAUGUUGUAAAUGGGAGCACAACAUUGAAACAUUUUACCAUAUGUGAUGGUCUUGCAGAAAGGCCCAGAAAUAUUCAAUACAUACUGUUGGAAUUCAACCCCACGCUGCUCAAGUCUGCAGUCCUCAAUAAGGAACAGUUUGUUGGGAAUAGCAACCUUCUACAAGCCUCCCAUACUAGUUAUUGUGUAAAUAAUUAAAAUUGCUUACUAUAUUGGAUCUCCAGCAAAGGAUUGCUGCCAUCUUGAAAGGUUUAUUUUUUGCUCUCUUAGUUGAUAUAAGAUGGAGAUGCUUAUUUUGUGUUACAAGGACUGUGUAAAUUUAUUGCAUUGCUUGUUUUUUGUAUGCAACAUUGCAAGUUUAUGUUUCAUUUCUGCUGAGUAAAGAGUAAAGAUUUUUCUGUUCACUUUUA